AUGGGACACAUCCCGGCCGAUCUGCUAUAUACGUUCCAUGAAUCGCUAGAAGAAUGGGACAAAAAUGACGUGCGAAUGGCGCUGGAUACAAUUUCACGAAACGUACCUUGUAUCCGAUUCCAAUAUUCGCAAAAUGUACCCUCUGGACCGCACUUUCACUAUAUGAAGGUGGACAGCCCUUCUUUCUGUGGCCUUUCCUAUAUCGGGAAAGUUGAUAAUGGAAACCCUAUUUAUUUAAGUUUUGGAUGCGGCCAGAACGUCGGCGUGGCAAUCCACGAAUCAAUGCACGCCCUCGGCGUAAACCACCAACACCUGCGAUUUGACCGCGAUCAGUGGAUUACGGUCGAUUGGUCAAACAUUAACCCGCAGCACUACGAUAUGUUUGCCGUAGCCGAUGCUAAACUGUUUACAAGCUAUGGAGUCCAGUAUGACUAUGGUAGCAUCAUGCAUUAUAACGCUUAUACGGGUGCAAUGGAUACGAAUAAGCCCACAAUGAUCCCGAAGGUCAACCAGGCGCAAAACACGCGAGUCCUCGGCCAACGUGACCAAAUGACGCAGCGAGACACGGAAAUUUUGCAGAAAAUGUAUUGCAAAGCUAAUA